AUGCGGAGAAAUUUCUUCAUCAGACUCUUAGCGUGGCGCGAUGUCCUUUGCCUUUCUCUGGUCGGUCUGCGUCCUCAGCUGUUCUCAACCCCAGCUUGGCUUCCUUCACCUUCCCCGGGGGGGCGGGCGCGGCGCGGCCCGGAGCCCCGGCAGACGCAGGGGCCGGUCGGGGCUGCGGACGCAGCUGCUGCGGGCCCGAGCAGCCGCCCCUGGCCGGGGCGAGCCGUGCAGAAGGGACCCGGAGCGGAAAGGAAGGACAGCACACACAACCGAGGAGCAGAUUGGAGUCGGGAAAGAAUCCGGAGCGGGAAGGGCGGAGAGCCGGGCGGGGCCGGCGGAGAGGGGCGGGCUGGGGGCGAGGCGAGCGCACACAGAGGCACAUCCCCGGCCUCCGCCUGCCGUGACAGUCGCCCGGAGCCCCCGGGAGCGCGUCCCGCCCACUGCCGCCGGCUCCCCGUGCCCACCCUCCGCAGCCCCUUCUCGCUGCCGCCGGGCCGGGGCGGCGGCUCCGCCAGCCGCAUGCCCGGAGCAGAGCAGGAGCAGAACGGCGCAAGAAAAAAAAUGAAUUCUGAAAGCUCAGCCCUUACCAUGAGUAGCCAUGCUGUACUAAACCAGUGUGCCAGAGGAGGAAUGGAACAAGAAAAAAUUUGGCCGAAACAGCAGCAACAGAAUAAUUUUUCCUUGUUUUCUUCCACCAAGGGCUGGAAUUUCAGAGGGAAAAAACGGAAACAGAGUACUCAAGAUGAAGAUACAAUCAGUAUCUGCAGCCUGGAUACAAGUGAAGUGCUGAUUGAUUUAUGCUGUAUGGAUUAUAUUGUCUCUUGUGUCUCUGAAGCUUACUUUGCCCUGAACUCUUGCACAUGGCAAUACUGCAGGUUCCUGUUCAGCAUGUGGUACUGUGCCUUCCCCACUGACAGGACUUGCUCUUAAGGCCAGUUUGCCUCUGGCUGUGACAGGAGACUUAAACUGUCAAGAUGACUGACUUGGAGAGGGUAGGUGCCUUUGGUUAAGAAAUGAGCCUGGCAUGUGAAUUUAUAACAACACCCUCAGGUUUCUUAACUUCAGGUAAUGGUUCAAAUGUGCCCAUCAAAACUAACAGGUGCUGUUGACAUUAAAACAAGUUGGGCAGGAAGAGUUCGCAUUUUCUCAUGACUUGUGUUCCUGUCAGUUAGAUUAUCAUCCCCCCAAGUAAAGAAGGACUAUUACCUUUGUGAGCCUCCUAGACAUGGCAAAUAAACUUUUAUUUUUCCUUUCACAUUGUAUUUUUCUUAUGAUUAAUGAUAAAGACAGUGCUGAGAAUGCAACUAGACCAAAUACCAAGUGUCUCAUGUUUUUGGAAAACAUUGGAGGGUCUUCUAAUUGCCCUGUGGAAUGCUGUAGCACAAAAGGGAUGACUGGAAUCUGGCAGUCCAUGGCUAAAUACUUACCUGUAGAAGCAUUUUGUUCUCUGUGUGUGUUUAAAUGCUAUUUAUGUUGAGUAGAGAUGUGUCGUUUUGGGUUUUGAUUUUAGAGAGCCAUAUCUUACAUUAUAGGUAAUUCAAGAUUUCUGUUACAGGGCAGAGAGUUGUCUGUCUUUUGUUCUCAUGUUUGUGAUGGCAAAUUUCAAAAAGAAGGAAAAUGUCAAGAAGAAUCAGUUCAUACCUCACAGGAACCAGCUGUGGUGGUGUUAUGCAAGGUCACUUUUCCUUUCUCUGUUGCCUCACAUGCAGAGUAACUUGUUCCCGAAAAUGGAGAGGGGGCUGAAGAAAGGAGUGAGAAGUGUCUACAAUAAUUAAAAGUUUGGAACAAUUUCUGUUUAAAAAACAGUCAAAUGUACCGGAACUUAUAUAAACUGGAAUCAAAUAUCCUGGGAACAAAUUGGCACAUGAUUAGUUCCAUGAGAAGUGGUCCAUGUAAGAUUAUUCCUUCUCUUGAGACUAAGGGCACAAAAUAAAGCUGCUUGUAGGUUCCUACCAAAGCAAAAGUGAUGUCAUUUCACCUACCACACAGUGGCACAACUCUGGCACAGGGUGUUGUGGAUACCAGAGGUUUUGCAGGAGUUCAAAAAAGCAAAUAGGGUAAAUUCAUGGAAGAAAAAACUGCCAAGAGCUAUUAGACUGAGUGAAGCCAUCCAUCUGAGGAAGCCCUUGAAGCUGCAUAUUUCUGAGUCUGGGAGAGCAAACUACGUGUCUGUCACCAGGUGUUUACUCUGCUUUCACAUGGACAGCUUUUUUUCACUAUUGCUAGGGAAAUGGUGCUGGCCUGAGAUCCAUCCUUAGCCUGUCAUAGCCAUUCUCAGGAGACUUUGCUUAGCCCAAUGCAAUACCUUCUUUUCUUCCAAGCAAUGACAGUUUUUAAAUUAUUUAAUGAGGACUCUAUGCUUAAUUGGAGUCUUUGGAUUAUACCAUGAUGUAAAUAAUUAAAUGUUCAGGUUCCUUUGUCUAGCAACUCUCUUGUGCUCUGAAAAGAUGUACCCUGAAAAGAUGUGCCAAAUUGUUUAUAUGUAUAUCUUUAGUGAAUGCAUUUGUUGUCCAGGCCUAAGAAUAUGAAAAUUUGAAUGCAUGUGUUCCCUAUUACAUAUUCAGAUUUUCAGUGGGAUAAUGAUAGAUCAUUAAAUUUUUACAAAUAAUAAGUCUCUCAAGCUGUGUAAAAGGUUGGUUAUUUUUUUAUUAAAUAUUGUAUGUAUAUAACAAAUCAGUAUAGUAGGCUCUCCUGUGCAGCACACUGUCUGGUUUGCAUGAGAUGAAUGACUCCUGGUGUGGUCGGGUCUCCAGCUCCCUGAGCUGCUGAUGUAAAGAGCUGGCGGUGCAGUCCCUCUGUGCUGGUUUCACCGGCAUCACCUCGGGGAUGGACCUCGUUUUUGUGCUUGGCAAUGGAAAGAUCUGGCCAUCUUGACUGUCCACCAUUCCAGUUUGUGUAAAUGUAUCUGGUGGCCACCUUUGUCCAGGAGAGGGUGGAGGUGGCAAAGAAAGAGGCUAUUAACUAUUUAAUGACCGGAUUACUUCAUACCCUGGAAAGCAACAUCCAUAUGAGUCUCCUGCCAAUUACAUCAUCACGUGUCUACAAUCCUUUUACAAAAAUAGAUCAUUUUUUUUCUAUGACUGACCAUUGCCAGACAUACCUGUCUUUUCCUAGGAAUAAGUCAUACUGACAGAAUUUCCUUUCACAGGAAACACUGCUCGGAGCUUUGCUGACUCAGGACAAGGACUGGUAACCUAAGCAUGUUAAAUGAUCUUUGUAUUUGUUUAGUGAUCUGAACUGGCAUUGAUGCUUCAGGAGUUGAUAAACUGGCUUAUUAAACUGACUGGUUGGACUUGGCUCAUUUUAUUGCCAGCUUAAAUAAGUGGAUUUGCAAAUCUCCUCCGUGUCAAAUAGUUUGUGAUAACUUGUGACAGAUGUGGCCAGCAGACUGUGAGGGCUGAGUGCAUGAACGUACAAGGCCACAGCGGUCGGAAGUUUAUUUAAAGAGAAAUGUGCCUAAUAUCUGCCAUGGCUUUGUUCAUGUUGGCCUCCACUGGGAGGCUUAACUCAGUCAAUGGACUUCAGUCUGUCCAGUUAACUCAGCCAGUGGUAUUUCAUGCUUGUCUCUUAGAAUGGUGAUAGCUUCUUGAUCUGCAUAUGCGUAAUGAUAUACAGACAUUAUGUAAUUAACCUGGCUUACAUAAACUUCAGAUUUUACUGCUAUCCCUUUAAAGGCUGGGGAAUUGGAGCAUGUAAACUGAGACAGCUUUAAUGAUCAUAGAGGGCAAAGUGUUUUUUGUAUUUAAAACACCUCCGUGAGUUCUGUUCUAUAUUCCUCCUGUUGCAGACAUUCUCUCCCUAGUUAAUUUCUGAGCAGCUUCUGGAUUAUUUCUGUCUGUGCUUUUGCUCCUCAUUGCUGCUGUGACUUUUGUUCUUUCCUCAUGACCCAGCUUUGAAAUGUGGUUCUUCAUUCAGUGCAGCCUUCUCCUGAGCCUGGUGCAGCAGGCCUGGUGCACAGUAAGGGCUGUGCUCCUUACUCAGGCACAGGCAGCUGGUUCUUUAUUGGAUUCCAUAGCUAUUAAAUAAAGUUACUACAUCCCACUGAGCAAAGUGGUGGUGAACACUGGUAUCUGGAGAUUAUUGCACAGAGCAUUCAGCAAGGUACUUAACAGCGCUGCAUUUUUAAUGGCUGUUGUAAGGGGGUAGCUGCAUAGCUGAAAUCUUGUAAUGGUGGUGAUACCGCGUGCCUCAUGUGUCUGAGCUCUGUAAAAUCAUAAGUAACUCAGGAGAUUUCCAGAACAAAAAAAAAAAAAA